UCAGGUCUGCGGGGGGUUUUACCUUUCCCUAGUUUCAUGGGGUUUCUCUUCGCUCUUUUCUUUCGUUCCCUUUCUUUUCUGUGCUUUUUGGUUUCAGAAAUAGACCCCGAUGGCAGUACUUGCACACCUUCCCCCUUCGCCUUGAACCCCCUGGAACGCUACUGUCCCGCGGUGACACGUGACACCGGUGACCUGCGUCCGCCCCCCCCCCCGCAACAGUCCUAGCGACGGACGCCGCCGACCGCAGCAUGAAUGUCAUCUACCCGCUGGCGGUUCCCAAGGGGCGCCGGCUCAGCUGUGAGGUGUGCGAAGCCCCGGCUGAGCGUGUGUGCACGGCUUGCACAGUCACUUAUUACUGUAGCGUGGUGCAUCAAAAAGCUGAUUGGCGCAGCAUCCAUGAGAAGAUAUGUCAGCUCCUGAUCCCACUGCGCACUUCCAUGCCCUUCUAUAAUUCAGAGGAAGAAUGGCAGCAUGGCUUGCAGCAGCUGCAGCAGCGGCAGAAGCACUUGAUUGAAUUCUGCUACACAGUUGCCCAGAAAUAUCUUUUUGAAGGAAAACAUGAAGAUGCGGUGCCAGCAGCUUUGCAUUCCCUUCGCUUCCGCAUGGCCAUGCACGGGCUGAGCUCAGUAGAGCUUGUUCCCGCUUACCUGCUGUUGGCUGAGGCCAGCCUUGGUCUAGGCCGGAUUGUCCAAGCUGAGGAGUAUCUUUCCCAAGCCCAGUGGACGGUCCUCAAGUCAACUGACUGUAGCAACGCCACCUACUCCUUACUGCACCGGAAUCUUGGGCUUCUUUACAUAGCUAAGGAAAACUAUGAGGAAGCCCGUUAUCAUCUGGCCAAUGAUAUUUAUUUUGCCAGUUGUGCAUUUGGGACAGAGGACAUCAGGACCUCUGGGGGCUACUUCCACCUGGCUAAUAUCUUCUAUAACCUUAAAAAACUGGACUUGGCAGAUACAUUGUACACUAAGGUGUCAGAAAUCUGGCAUAAAUAUCUGAACGAUCACUAUCAAGUCCUGUCACAGGCUCGCAACCAACAAAUAGAUUUACUAGGGAAACGAUUUGUGAAUGACACUGGAUUGGAUGAAGCCCAGGAAGCAGAAGCUAUUCAGAUCCUCACUUCCAUCCUGAACUUCCGAGAAUCAGCUUCUGACAAAUCUCCUCAAAAGACUGUCUUUGUUCUGAAAACUCUGAUCAUGCUUUACUAUCAGAUGAUGAAUUCUUCAAAGGCACAGGAAUACGCCAUGAAAGCCCUCACGUUAGUCAAAGACCAACAGCUCGAUGUGCAAGAGCAAAACAACAUUCAAGAGUUGCUUAGUCUCAUCUCAGCUGAGGAGGAUCAUCCCAUCACCUAAUGGCCCAGUGACACUGUGUCAGGGGCUGCCACAUCGGGGUGCCUUUCAGCUGACGUUGGCACAUUCUUCCCCUGGGAGUGUGCACAUAGCUGUGACUCUAUCAUCAUAUGUGAGGGAACAUAGAGCUUUGGGUGUAGAAAUCAGUAAAGCUUGUUUAUCAUGAUCAUGUUCUUGGUUUAUCAUAACUUUGUAUGGCCUCAAAUAACAUGUAGUCAGAUUACUAAUAAGAUGUUUAUGAUUCUACUGUAAAUAAUUUGUCAUAUUUCCAUGUCACCUCCUGGGAUGCAUAUUUGAUACACCUGUGCCAAGCAAGGAGAUAAAAAUAAA